ACACAGCUAUUAUUUAUCUGAAAAAAAACUCAGCUUGCAUGCAAUUCUUGUAUCGGUUAUAGCCAGUACGAACCAUCGGUGAAGCUCCCAGUGGGGAUCAAACAGUGGGACCCCCUGAUCCAGAGUCUAAUAUGCUGACCACAAAUCAGUUAAAACAGCUUUGAAAAUGGCCCUACCAAGAAUCGCAGUGAGUUCAACCAGGUGGAAGUAGAGAGCAGCCGUGACACGCAUCCUGAUGUCACAUACAAGCAGUUGGAAGCCGUUGCCGGCGGGCAAAAUCAAAUGGGGGGAUAUGCAAUGGCAUAAGGAUGUCGUGGGAACUCGACAGAAAUCAACAUGUGAACAAUGUGGAAAAUCCUUCAAAUCGCUUGAGGAUCUCGCCAUUCACCAGUCAAUAGAGAAAGGACAUUUAAAUUCCAGUAAUUUGAAAAAACCCACAUCAGUGGAAGUGAAGGCAGCAAAGAAAAGCUGCAUCCAGCUGUCCUGGAGCGUCUCGGCCCUUGAAGAGAAGCAUGUCAGUAAAUACCAUAUCCAGUCUCGCUCAUCUCAACGUAGCAAUGGGGUGUGGUCAAAUCUCGGCAUGGUCCACCCACAAAUGGCCACAUUCCACAUCAACACGGCUCUGCUUGCAGCCAUGUGUAAUCCUACUACUCAAAUAGGAAUUGUAGCUGUAAAUGAGAAACAGCAGUAUGGAAUUCGUUAUGUUAUCCAGUUUCAAAGAACAGAACUUAAAAUCAAGAAAAGAAGAAUAAAUGUUUAUGAGUAUAAACUUGAAGGGAUGCCCUGGAAGAAACUAGACUGGGAUACUGACAAUGACCAAAGUAUAGAAUUAGCCAAAUACUUGUUCACCAAGCCUCACACAGAUGAUAUUGGUACCCCGCAAAAUUUGACGGCUUAUAUGAAUGUUAAGCAUAACAUUGUCGUUAGCUGGUUUCCGCCUCUUGAAAAGAAAAAUGAGAAAACCAGGCAGUUGUCCACUGAGGAGAGUUCUUUCACAGGAUAUUCGGUUUACUAUUCAAAAGUGGAUAGCAACGUAUGGUCUUGGAUAAAGAGUUUGGGCAAGGAUGCAAGAUGCACUGUCAUUUCACACAACAAGAUUCCGCGGCCAUCUGAAUACCUCGUAGGCCUCACUGCAAACAUAGGUUUACACAUGGGACCCAUGGUUGUUAUGUGCUUCCAUAACUGGCAACCUGGUGUGCUGGUAUUCCAAAACAAGUGUUGCAAAAUCUGCCAAAAGUCGACCAGAGGUAAAAUGACGAUAUCGAGAAAUGAUGGUAGAAUGAUGGUUAGCGAGGAGGAUAAAGUCACCAAAGGAAAUGUCAAGUUUAAACAAUUAGAUAGAAAAGAUGUUUUCCUUUCUGCAAACCAUUUCUACCAGUCCUAUGAAGAGCUUGCAAAAGGAGAUACCUUUAGUGAUGGAAAAGCAUUACACAUGUAUGUCUUCCUCAGUGUUGCAUUAUGGGACAACCUUCAGAAUGCAUUGGAUGACCAGGGCAGACCAAUUCAUCGUGUGUUUGUAAGGGCUUCUCGAUGUGGACAAAGCAAAGAUAAGGUUGAAGAUGAACUCCCAGAGUGCAUUAUAUGGGUCAACGGCAAACCAAUUAAAGUUCAGGUGCACAAUGGAGCCUCAACCUGUAAAGAUUUGCGUGUUGAUAUCACAGGAAAAUUGCACCUGCAUCUAAACACUGUUCUUUUGGAGAUAAAGCCAGGCUGCAUGCAGAGGUACACAGUGUGUGUAGAUAUUGCCCGCAAGCUGGGAAUCAAGGCAACUGUCCGCCAUCUCUUGAAAGAGAAGGUUAUACCACAGUCAAUAACAAAAGGGCUCAUCAAAAACUUGCUGACAGAAGACAGAGCUGGUAUUAAGUAUUGCAGCUAUAAAGUGAAGCUCACUUGCCCAAUCAGUCAGCGUCGCCUGGAGGCUCCUUGCAAAGGAGACCGAUGUAGACAUCUUCAAUGUAUGGAGGUUGGCACCCUGAUCCAGCUGAAUGAAACCAAGAAAGAAAGACUCUGUCUGCUCUGUAAAGAACCCUACACCAGCCUGUGCAUUGAUGGGUUAUUUCUAGAGAUACUACGGACAGUUCCAAGUUCAGUGACAGAGAUUGAGUUUAAUCCAGAGGGGGAGUGGAAGCCAGUCACUAACACAGCAGAGAGUGGACCCUCUGUCAGCAUUGAUGAUGAUGCUGGGAAGCUGACAGAAGACAAACAAGGUGAAAAGGUCAAUGGGGAUGAAUGCAUUCAGAAUGAAUAUGAGUAUGAGAGUGGAGUCAACAGUGGCUGGUUUUUCUCUCAGUAUGGUUUGGAGAUGGAUGACGAUGACAUUGAAUUGAUUAACAUUAAUGCUGGAAACACUACAAGUGAGAUGGAAGCAAUUGAGAGAAAUAGAGUCGUUCUAAUGGAUGAAACAAAUGGAAUGGUGUGUGAAAAUUCCCAACCGACAUCAUUAAUUGAACCCAAUGUCUUGGACAAUUCAGAUUGUGUGCUGAAAGAUAUCAACUCAGUUCAAAGUAAUUCACAUGGACAAGGAAAACAUCAUACACUCAAUAGAUCACAUACUGAGAGAAACUCUCAGAACAUAUUUUCCUCACAGAUUAUGAUCGAAGAUCAGAAUACCGGAAGGAGCGUUAAUCUCCAUGAAAUGGUCCCUCUUGACUCAAACAAGAUAACAGAAGAAUGUAGCAACAUUAAUGACCCAAGGAAUCAAGAUGUCAUGAACAUGGGAUCCAAUUUACAUCGGGUGUCAUCAUUCUCAAAUAAACUCAGCAUAGAAGGACCUGUUGCUAUGGAUACCAGUAGAGAUGGUAUUGAUGUCGAACGGGAAUCACCCUGCGGUGUUGUUAUGGGCCUUUGUGAUAAACUGCUCAGUAAAAGCUCUCAGCAUGAAGGUCAUUCCGAGAAGGGAGGUUCUCAGACAAUAGGUUCAGCUAAGAACAAAACACCAAAAACUGUUGGCCGAGGCCUAUAUCAAGUCACAUUGAAUCCUGCUACAUUUAACAUUGACCAUUCAUUUACCUGCUCUGAAUGUGAGUUUGUGUAUAGUAGUUCUCAAAUGUUCGAAGGUGCCAAUAAGAAGAUGUGUCUAGAGUGUGCCCUAGAGCAAAAUGUCAUCAGCAAAAAUCUGUAUACAGUGUUAAGUACUGGGCACUUGCAACCAAGAAAUUUUCAAUUCAGAAUCAAUUAUGAUCUGUUUAAGUGUACAGAAUGCAAGCAUAAUUAUGGAAUGACAAAGCUGUACCGAGUGAAAGGAUCUGAAUUUUGCUGCAUAAAUUGUGCCUUAGAAUUGAAUCACAUUAGUCAUGAAACUUGGCACAAGCUCUCAAAUAAGAAAUCCACUAGCUUUGUGAACGGCAUAAGAUAUCAGGACAAAGAAAUCACUGAUAAAUCUCAAGCUAACUUGAACGCAUCGAUUCCAAAAAAAGAUGAAGUGAUAGACAUCAUAUUUGCUGAAGACAAAAAGCCCCCUAUUCUUGAAAAUAAUGGGUUGACGAAGAAAUGUUACAUUCCAAUGUGUCAAGUAAAUUGGCUAUGUCCUGAUUGUAAUAAAGGUGGAAUUACAAUGAGUGAAAACCUGAGGUGGAGGAAGAAAGCAUGUACAGAUUACCUGAAACAGAAAACUAAAAAAUGGAGAAGAAGGGCUGAGAAGAUGUAUUGGAGUCCUCAGAAAGCCAAUGUAGGUAACCAUGGUGAUGGCUGUGGUUCUGGUUCCACAGUAUAUCAGCAAAUUGCGCAAUCAAGUAAACCGUUUCAAGAUAGCAUUUCAAAUGUUUGUUUUAAGUGUCAUUCAACGCAAGGUGGAAUAAAAAAUGCAGUGUGGUACCAAAUCAAAUUUGAGGUGUUCUGCCCAGCGUGCUUUCAAAAACAGUUUGUGGAAAUAAGGUCGGCUAAAGCAAAUGGUCCAAUUGAUAAUGAAAAUGAGCAUGAGGAUUUAGAAAUAGAGGGUCAAUGUAGGGUUUUAAGGAGUCAUCAGAAUAACAGACAACAUGGCAAUACCACAGAUACCAAUGAAGACAACCUGGCAAAUGUACCAAAUGAAAGGCAAAGUAUUGCACAAGGGCAUUGCCUAAGUGAAGUAAGAAGAGCCUCUGUUUUUGAUUCCUGUUCUGCUACACUGGAACAGUACACAGAUAUGACAAGUGACAUAACUGGACUUGAUCUGAACUCGGACAACUCCAGUAACAUAGAGGAAUGUCAAGUUAUAAAAUCUGAAAAAAAUCUUGAUUCAAUGGAACUUUUUAAAGGUGAUAACAUGAGUUCUAAUCAUUAUAAUUUUGAAGCAAAUGAAGUAACGGUACUUUAUCAAAGCAAUGGUGCUACUGUUGAAUGCAUUGUUCAGGAACAAGGGGCAGAACUAGUUUUGGAAAAUAAUUUCAAAGAAAAAAAGGUUAUAGAAAUCGAUGAUGAUGAUGAGGAAGAUGAUUUUGAUUUCUUUAAGCACUGGGGCUCUGUUGAUUUAGGUAAAUCAAAAAAUGAGAAAACAAACUUUCGGGCCAAUCAAAGAAAUAGAAAAGAAAACAUGGAAGGUGAAAGUAAAAGAUACGUUACUAGAGCUAGAAAGGAAACCUCUCCAUUGCUGGAACAAAGGAAUCAUCGAAUUAAAAAGAUGGAUCCUUUUGAAUUUGAUGAUUAAAUGAAGAUUUAUAUGUGUAGCAUAGAUGUGAUUAUUGAAAAUGUGUAUGUUGUUAAGUAUCACUUAAAUUAAGUGCUUUAUCAUAUAUCGGGUAUGUUAUGUUGGGCAUUUGUUAGUUAUACGGGUAAUAAAAUACAUGAAAACCCUUAUUGUUGAUUAAUAUCA